AAAACAAUAAGUGGUGUUUGUUAAUAUAUUUGUUUCUAUUUACUUGUCAUGCAUUUAAAUCAUAUUUUUCCAGUUGGCAAACACUCUUUUUCUCGCUGAUGAGGACUUCCUUUAGAUACCCAAAUUUUGUUUUUCAAUCUAUUUCUAAACGACAAAUGGAAUUAAAUUGUAAAGCGAAAUUUUAAGGCCCCUCAAUUUUUACUUCCAAAUGAGGUGGAUGGUUAACUACCCCUUAACCAAUCCCAUUCGGUGUUUCUCAAGGAAAUUAAAUUUAUUCAUGAAUUUUGACAAUGCAUUUGAUUGCAAUAUUUUUGGCUGCAUUGAGUUUAGAAAAGAAUUGCAAGCGACACACACAUGUGUUUAUUUGGGAAAAUUUCAAAAUUGAAAAUAAAGUGAUUGAUCAGUUUUAUUCUGAUUGAUGUAGUGUAGCAGUAGGUCUUUUAUGGUGGCGUAGCAUGAGCAUGACAAUUUCCAAGAGAUAACAGAGGCAUCAUCAUGUCAACUCAAGGUGUAUGCUUGAAUAUUCAACGCCAUCAUGUAGUGAUGGAUAAUGGCAUAGUUCAAGUCACCUUAUCGAAUCCAGGUGGGAUUGUUACUGGUAUAAGAUAUAAUGGCAUUGACAAUCUGCUUGAAGUUCUUAAUCAAGAAACUAAUAGAGGGUACUGGGAUCUUGUUUGGAGUGCACCCGGAAGUAAAGGAAUAUUUGAUGUGAUUCAAGGUACCGGUUUUAAGGUUAUUGUGAAUAAUGGAGAACAGGUUGAACUUUCAUUUACAAGAAUGUGGGAUCCCUCCCUUGAGGGGAAGUAUGUUCCCUUAAACAUAGACAAAAGGUUUGUAAUGCUAUGUGGUUCCUCAGGCUUCUACUCUUAUGCAAUUUAUGAACACUUGAAGGGAUGGCCUGACUUUGACCUUGGUGAAACCAGGAUCACUUUCAAAUUGAGAAAAGACAAGUUUCAAUACAUGGCUGUAGCGGACAAUAGACAAAGAUUCAUGCCUCUUCCUGAUGAUCGCUUACCUGGGCGCUGCCAAGCUCUAGCAUACCCUGAAGCUGUCCUACUUACCAAUCCCAAGAUGCCCGGGUUCAAAGGAGAGGUGGAUGACAAAUACCAGUACUCAGCUCAGAACAAAGAUAAUCGGGUCCACGGAUGGAUAUGCACCAACCAACCAUUAGGAUUCUGGCAGAUUACACCCAGUGAUGAAUUCCGGUCUGGUGGACCAAUUAAACAGAAUCUAACUUCUCAUGUGGGCCCCACCACUCUUGCUAUGUUUCUUAGCGCUCAUUAUGCUGGACAAGAUCUGGUGCCAAAAAUUAGAGCUGGUGAACCAUGGAAGAAGGUUUUUGGUCCUGUUUUUAUCUAUCUUAAUUCUGCACGCAAAGGAGAUGACCCAUUAUGGUUAUGGGAGGAUGCAAAAAUACAGAUGAUGACAGAAGUCCAAAGCUGGCCAUAUAGUUUCCCAGCUUCUGAGGAUUUCCAAAAGUCUGAGCAACGGGGUAACAUUGGUGGUAGACUACUUGUAUUCGACCGUUAUAUUAGUGAAGACCAUAUAUCAGCAAGAGGUGCCUAUGUUGGUUUGGCCCCUCCAGGAGAAGUAGGAUCAUGGCAAAGAGAAUGCAAGGACUAUCAAUUCUGGACAAGGGCAGACGAAAAUGGAUAUUUUUCUAUUAACAAUGUACGUACUGGUGACUAUAAUCUCUAUGCAUGGGUCCCUGGUUUCAUUGGAGAUUAUCGCUAUGAUGUUGUUGUUACUGUAACAUCAGGCUCUUUGAUUGAAAUGGGUUAUCUUAUUUAUGAGCCUCCAAGAGAUGGGCCCACAUUGUGGGAAAUAGGCAUUCCGGAUCGCUCUGCUGCAGAGUUCUAUGUUCCUGAUCCUGAUCCAAAAUAUAUCAAUAGACUUUUUGUCCAUCAUCCAGACAGAUUUAGGCAGUACGGAUUGUGGGGCAGAUAUGCAGACUUGUAUCCCAAUGAAGACUUGGUUUACACGGUUGGUGUUAGUGACUAUGCCAGAGACUGGUUCUUUGCACAGGUUCCAAGGAAAAGAGAUGACAUCCAUGUAGGAACAACAUGGCAAAUCCGCUUCAAACUUAACAAUGUCGACCGGAGCAGUACAUACAAACUGCGAGUAGCCAUUGCAUCUGCAACUCUAGCGGAAUUGCAGGUUCGGGUUAAUGAUCCCAAUGCAAGGCGACCACUGUUUACGAGUGGGUUGAUAGGGAGGGACAACUCGGUUGCGAGACAUGGAAUUCAUGGACUCUACUGGCUGUACAGCAUCAGUGUAGGAGGUUGUCAUCUUGUUGAGGGGGAUAACACACUCUUCUUUACCCAACCAAGAUGCACCAGCCCUUUCCAGGGCCUCAUGUAUGAUUAUAUACGUUUUGAAGGCCCCCCAUCUUGUGAAGCUGCCCCAAUAUGAAUUGAGGUCCAAGAACAUAAGACCUAAAAAAUAAAUAUUAAAAUCAUAAUGCGACUACUAAUUAGUACUGUUAACUUUGUAUUGAUUUUUACAUUAUUACCCAAAAAAAAAAAACAAAGAAGAGUAUUGAUUUUUAUAAUGCUCAAUUUCCUUUUUACGUAAAAUUAACUGAUAACUUUAUAAAUGUGUAAAUAUAUCAAUUUAUGGGAAUUUUUUUAUAUUUGUUUUUGUGUCC